AUGAAUGUAUCUCUCCUUUUUGCUCUACCAUCACGAUUAUUUUUUCAAACUGAUGAUUCGGAAGAUUAUGAUGAUAUGGAAAAGCGUCAGUUAUCAAAACGAGUUCAAUUAGCAACACCAUGGGUAAAUAAACGUAACCCAGCUCUAUGUGAUUAUCGACUCCAACUUCGACCAUUACCACUUACAUCUGCACUAUGUGCUUAUGGUCAAACUAAAGAUGAUACUCAUCAAAUGCAUCCAUUCAAAUAUGGUUAA